AUGCAUAUUGGGAUAGGAUGCUAUACAAUAUGGUUGUUCGGUGUCAUUCAAUAUUUACUAAACGUUUGCAAUGGUGCUAUCCGAAAAACUCAUCCAAUUGAGCUUACUAUCGAUUCCGGUUCUAUAAGAGGAGAAUAUCUGACAAUUGGUGCAAACGAUUUUGCAGUUUUUAAAGGGAUUCCUUACGCUGCACCACCUGUUGGUUCACUUCGUUUCCAGAUGCCAGAGCCACCAGCAAAAUGGAGGGGUGUAAUGAAUGCAACUCAAUAUUCGGCUAUGUGCGCCCAGAAACCUCGAACUCGUCAGACCGAUCCUGUCAAUAUUUAUCGAAUUCACAUCUCCGAAGACUGUCUUUACCUCAAUGUUUUUGCUCCUCCUCAGUUCACCAAUGACACAUAUCCUGUGAUCGUCUACAUACAUGGCGGAGAAUUUCAGUCAGGUUCCAGUUCCGAUUUCUCGCAAGAGGCUAUUCUCAAUAAUUUUGUUUCACGUAAAAUUAUUUUUAUAUCGAUAAAUUAUCGACUUGGCCCACUCGGGUUUAUAUCGACGGGCGAUGGAGUGAUACCAGGAAACAAUGGCCUUUGGGACCAAAUUUUGGCUCUUAAAUGGGUCAAGUUGAAUGCACGAGCGUUUGGUGGUGAUCCUGAGAAUGUAUUGUUGAUGGGACAUGGUAGCGGUGCUGCUAGUGCUUCCCUUCUCGCGCUAUCACCCCGUGCGGAAGGUUUGUUUCAAAAAAUUGCCCUGUUAAGUGGAACAGCCUUAUCACCAGGUGUUGUGCGUGACACUGCCAUCAAUGCUACAUGGAUCCUGGAUCGUAAAUUGCACUGUCGUUCCUUCAAUUCCAGUGAACUAUUGGAGUGUUUCAAGAAACAACUUAAGGAUGAAAUACUCGAUAUCUCUGCAAGUGCUUAG